AUGUCAGACUGCAUCACAAAGGCGUCUCAUACAGACGAACCAGCAACGCGUGCACUUGACAGCUCACUCGCCAAGCGGUUGAGAAAUAUCAACGCAGGAGGAAGAAGUUACGAUUCGCUCAGGUGUCAGAGAUUGGUUGAAGAUACGGGAAACAUACGUAUGACUGAGAAUGGUCCCAACAAGGUCUCAAUUCCCACAGAUUGCGGUCGAGAAAUCUCUUUAAAAUCGUCAAAGGAUUGUACGACUGCGGGUUACUGUGCGUGGAAUUUAUAUGAUGAGCACCUUUGUAAAAGCUGUGGGGAACAGGGAGAGGUGGUUGAUUUCGAUUAUCAUAUAGCUAAUUUUGAGGAAGGAAAUGGAGACGGAGAAUCGGCAGGAGCGUAG